AUGCUCUCACGUGUUGCUGCUGUGAAGGCACCCCGCACACACAACCGUCGCCGCGUGACCGGAUCCAGCGGAAGGAGGAGGGAAGGAAGAGAGAGUGAGCGGCGGAUGCCCAACAUGUUGAGGCAUCACUUCUUUUCUUCGGUGCUGCUUCUCAUUGUUGUGAUGAUGUGCUGCAACGCUGGAGGUGCUGCGGAAGCUCCGGAGCAGCCAUCUGAACCAAAAUAUAAAUGGAAGGACAUCAAGGAUGGGGAGGGUGAGGGUGUAACUGUGGAGUCGUUGGGUGUUCCCGGCCUUGUUGGGAUGAAUGGUGAGGUGUUUGCCGUUGCCGAGGCUCAGUGCAAAAAGAGUGAUGCACACACUUUUACCGGUAUUGCUUCCCAUACUAUCACGACACAAACUGCUAAUACACCGGAGGAAGUGCUGAAUGAAGUGAAAGGGACACAAUUUCUGGAGAGAGGUCCUUCCACGAGCCCAAAGAGAAUGGAUGUGAGCCGACCAACAACAGUCGUGGAAGGAAAUAAUAUUUACAUGCUUGUUGGGAAAUACAGCCAGGCAGCUGCUGUUGGUGCUCAGGAUAGCGGUGCCGAGAACUGGGGAUUAUUGCUGGUGCAAGGGAACGUCAGUGACGGAAGUCGCGGCGAGAAAAGAAUCCAAUGGAAAGAUGCCACCGAUAUCCCGCGGGCAUCUUUUGGCGACCAACUCAUAUCCUGGACAGGGCUGAUUGGCGGCGGUGGAUCGGGUGUUAAGAUGGAGGACGGUAAGCUCCUGUUUCCAGUGGAAGGCACGAAGAAGGGGAACAAGGAGGGUGAAGCACCAAACGAUGAAAAAGCCGUUUCGUUGCUCAUAUACACCUCGGAUGCUGCAAAUUGGACGCUGUCGAAGGGGAUGUCUGACGGUGGCUGCAGUGAUCCCUCCGUCGUGGGGUGGAAGGAGGACAAACUAACGAUGAUGACUGCGUGUGCUGAUGGCCGCCACAGGGUGUACGAGAUCGGUGACAAGGGGGAGUCGUGGACGGAGGCACUCGGGACACUCUCGCGCGUGUGGGGCAACAAACAGGGCGUAAGUGGCGUUAGAAGCGGGUUCAUCACAGCGACGAUUCUUGUCGAUGGUGAAGAUGAUAACAGAAAUGUGAUGCUCGUUACUCUGCCGGCGUAUUCCGAGAAGCUUGAGAAGGGAGGCGCUCAAAAGGGUGAACUCCAUCUUUGGCUGACGGACAAUACGCACAUUGUUGAUAUUGGGCCGGUAUCCAGGGAAGGGGACGAUGCCGCCGCCAGCUCCCUGCUGUACAAAAGUGGUAAAAGUGGUGAAGCUAAUAAUAAUGAAGAGUUGAUUGUACUGUACGAGAAGAAGGGCGCUGAGGGCAAACCAUCGCCUGGUGUGGUCUCUGUGCUCCUGACUGAGCAGCUGCAGCGUGUGAAGGAUGUGCUGGCGACGUGGAAUAAAGUGGACCAAAGCGUUUCCCAGCUGUGCCCCCCAAGUGCUGAGAAGGACCGUCCAAAUGAAAAUGACUGCAGCGGUGUUAAGAUCACGGAUGGGCUGGUUGGCUUUUUGUCCGGCAACUUCUCUGGUAACACAUGGAGGGACGAGUACCUCGGGGUGAACGCCACGGUAAAUACUAAUGAAGGGGCUGCGAAGGCAACAUUGCAUGCCGGCGGAGUGACGUUCAAAGGAGCGUGGGCGGAGUGGCCUGUUGGCGAGCAGGGGGAGAAUCAGCUGUACCACUUUGCGAACCACAACUUCACUCUUGUGGCGACGGUGUCCAUCGACAAGGUGCCGACGAGGGAGGGCCCUAUUCCUUUGAUGGGUGUGAAGAUGAGUGACGCAGAGAAUCCAGUACGUCUGGGACUGUCGUACAACAAUAAAAAGAAGUGGCUAUUACUGUGCUAUGGCGGAGAGAACAAGGAGCUCAGCAUCACAUGGCAACCAGGGAAAAAACACCAAUUGGCCAUUGUGCUACAGAACGGCAAACAGGGCUCUGCGUACGUCGAUGGUAAGCGUGUGGGUGGGGAUGAACAAUGCAAAUUGGAAAAUACGGAAUCUAAGGUGAUCUCACACUUUUACAUUGGAGGGGAUGGAGGCAGCGCAGAGAUCCAAGAAGGCGUGUUUGUGACGGUGACGAACGUCCUGCUGUACAACCGCCCGUUGAGUUCCACAGAGAUUGGUGCCCUCAACCCGAAUAAAGCCUCCAUUCCAUCUUUGGUAAAGGAGCCGACUAAACCGUUAACAGUUUCUUCUGCUUCCGUUGUAACUCCCACUCCUCCGGUGGUCGCAACUGCUCAGAUAACCGAAACUCCGUCUACUCCCGCCGGAACACAUCUGACGGAACAGGGGCAGCCGAUGCGGAGCAGUGGUGCGGACAGUGGCGGUGCAUCCGCAUCAGCGGUGUCCACUGUCAGUAUUCCAUCAGCAGAAAAUGACUCCGUAAAGAAGGUGGCGUCAGGAACAUCUUCCGAUGGAACUCAAACUGUGGAUGGCGGUUCUACUGCUGAUGGCGAGCCAAAGAUGGAGAAAAGAGAAGGAGGAACGGAUGCGCAGGAGGAAGAGGUCCAGCCACAGGUCAGGAAAGUAAAUGCUACGGCACACAGCAGCAACCUCGGAAGUUUGUCGCAGGGGAAUAACAGCGAUGCCGGCACUGUGAGUGAGAGCGGACUGCUGCCAUCGCUCCUUCUUCUGUUGGGGCUGUGGGGGUUCGCGGCUCUGUGA